ACGUGUCUUGACAGUAGCAGCUGAUCACAGCUGACGCGAAUAUCGUUGUAUUCAGUCAUUUAUUUUCGCUCUGUUAGGUUAACGUUUCUAUAAAUCAUAAAGUAUAAUGUUGGGAAAAAUAAAAACAAAGCAGGAGAAAAGUGGGGAGAUCAUUGCGUAUAGUGAAGCAGCAGUUGUAAACAAUGCUGCAGUGGUAGAAUAUUGUAAAAUAUCAAUGGCAGCUUUAUCAGGUGGUACAGCUGGCUUGCUAGGAUUGACUGGGUUGUAUGGAUUUGGAUUUUAUAUUUUUGCAGUUUUCGGGCUAUGGGCAAUGCUAUUAAUGAAAGCUGGUGGUCAGUGGAAAAAAUAUUUUAUUAGCAGACGACAUUUAUUAACAAGUGGUUUCUUUGGAGGACUUUGUACAUAUGUAUUAUUCUGGACAUUUUUAUAUGGGAUGGUUCACGUUUAUUGAAAACCACAGCGAUAAUUCGCGAUGUUUCUAAUAAUGCAAUUAUAUAAAUAUAUAAUAUCAUGAAGUUACAUAAUUAGAAUAUAAGCCAGUCAGUAAGAAUCGUUGUAUUUUUUCACUCAAGUAUUUCGAAAAUUGUGCAAAUAAACGAAAAUAUUUAUGCGACGUUAUAUAAGUAUAUCGAUAUGUACAUAGAAUACACUUUUAAUUAUACGAUAAAUCAAUUACGGCAUUUAUAUAUUAUACAAUAUUUAAGUAUAAAGAAAGAAAUAUCAAUAUACAAAAGCCAAUGCAAUAGAAA